AUGUGGCGUAUGGAAAAUGCUUAUUUAUUGUCUGCUUUCAAGACAAUCUUUAUAUAUGACGUCAUAACAUAUCCUGUAUACUUAAUAUUACAACAUCCAUGGAAUAAGAAGCAUAAGUCCAAGCAAAUAAAAUCUGAUAUUACCAAAUUUGAUGAUCACACAAUUAUCAUUAAAACCUUAAGUAAACCUACAUCUAAUCAUCUUACUCUAGUUAAAGAUAAGAUAGAUACAUUACAAAAAGUAUUUCAGUAUGCUGUACAUAAAUAUAGUGAUUCGUAUUGCCUUGGAACUAGAGAUGUACUUGCUGAAGAAGAUGAAGUGCAAACAAAUGGAAGAAUUUUCAAAAAAUAUGUCAUGGGAGAUUAUAGAUGGAUGACAUUUACAGAAGUAGAUGAAGCAUCUGAUAAUUUUGGAAAUGCUUUAAUUUCCUUAGGUCAAAAACCUAAAGAAAAUAUAGCAAUAUUCGCUGAAACAAGAGCAGAAUGGAUGAUAUCUGUCCAAGGUUGUUUUAAACAAAACAUACCUGUUGUAACAUUAUAUGCCACCCUCGGAGAAGAAGCAAUAGCACAUGGUUUAAACGAAACUGAAGUAACUAUUGUUAUUACGUCACAUGAUUUGUUACCAAAAUUUAAAAAAAUUUUACAACUUACUCCUCGAAUUAAAACUUUAAUCUACAUGGAAGAUCAAUUAGCUAUGACAAAUACCAGUGGCUACAAAGAAGGAGUUGAAAUAUUAUCAUUUAAAUCUAUUUUGAAAAGGGGGUCAGAGUAUACUGUUACAGAAAACCAUUUACCAAUAAAAAGUGAUAUUGCAAUUGUUAUGUAUACUAGUGGAUCAACUGGCGCUCCUAAAGGUGUUAAUUUAUCACAUACAAAUCUUAUAUCAACGCUCAAAGCUUUUACUGAUGCUAUUGUAAUUGAUUACAAAAAAGAUGUAUUUAUGGGAUAUUUACCAUUGGCACAUGUUUUUGAAUUACUUGGAGAACUUGCUUGUUUAUUAUGUGGAAUUAGAAUUGGAUACUCUACACCGUUAACCAUGAUUGAUACGUCUAGUAAAAUCAAACGUGGUACAAAAGGUGAUGCAGCUGUAUUACGACCAACCGUCAUGACUGCAGUUCCCCUUAUAUUAGAUCGUAUCUACAAAGGCAUUAAUGAAAAAGUUUCCAGUGGAACGACAUUACAAAAAACAUUAUUCAAAUUUGCAUUUGAUUACAAAAGAAAAUGGAUGGAACGUGGAUUUCAAACUCCACUUUUAAACAUGUUUGUAUUUAAAAAAACAAGUGCAUUGUUGGGAGGUCGUAUACGUUUCAUUCUAUGUGGAGGAGCUCCUCUAUCACCAGAAACUCAUACUCUUAUCAAAAUUUGUCUAUGUGAAGUUGUUCAACAAGGUUAUGGAUUAACUGAAACAAGUUCAUGUGGAUCUGCAAUGAGCCGAGAUGAUAUGACAACCGGUCGUGUAGGAGCUCCACUAACAGUUAAUGAUUUCAUGUUAGUUAGUUGGGAAGAAGGUAGCUAUAGGAUAACAGAUAAACCAUAUCCAAGAGGCGAACUUAUCAUUGGCGGAGACAACAUAUCACCUGGAUAUUAUAAAAAUCCUGAAAAAACAAAAGAAGAAUUUUUUGAAAAAGAUGGCAAGUGGUGGUUUAAAACAGGUGACAUUGGUCAGCUGGAAGCAGACGGUGCUAUUAAAAUAAUUGAUCGUAAAAAAGAUUUGGUAAAAUUGCAAGGUGGCGAGUAUGUGUCUCUUGGUAAGGUUGAAUCACAACUUAAAACCUGCCCAGUUGUUGAUAAUAUAUGUGUUUAUGGAAAUCCAUUUCAUAUGUAUACAAUUGCGUUAGUUGUUCCCAACAGACAUCACUUGAAAGAUAUGGCUAAAAAAUUGAAUAUUGAAAAUGUAAAUGAAAUUAGUAUUGAAGAGUUGUUUGUGAAUAAGAUAUUGAAGAAAGCAGUUGUCGAUGAGUUAGCUGCCCAUGGUAGAAAAAAUAAACUUGAAAGGUUUGAAAUACCUACAGAAAUUAUAAUAUGUAAUGAUGUAUGGACACCGGACAAUAAUCUAGUGACAGCUGCGUUCAAAAUCAAAAGAAGGGAAAUAUAUGAUAAAUAUAAAACCCAAAUCGAUAAUUUGUAUCAAUGUUGAUAACAUUUAUUCAAAAAAAAAAAAGAAGACCAAAACUACUAAAUUUUAUAUUACUUUUAGAGUAUAUUUAUUUUACCAAAAGCAAUUAACUAAUUUUAUAUUAAUAGUAUUUUAGGAUGUAUACA